AAGAAAAUAAUUUGCAAAAAUUGUGCGCUUUAAACAAGUAACGAUAGGCCCGAACGGCUGUUUUCCGUAUACGGUAACAAAUCAUCCACAAAUUAAAAGCAACAAUACGAGCAACCACAAAAUGCAUCUUACGACGACAACAAAUGGUAGCGGCAAUGCCGCCAAUACCGCAUCCUCUAAUAACAACAAUAAUUCAAAUAAUAGCUCAUCGAAUUCGAACGCCAACAACAAUAAUAAUUCAAACGGCGGUAAUAAUAAUAAUAAUAAUAAUAAUAAUAAUGAACAGAAUACUCCACCCACAGCUGCUCAGCUGCUUAAUGAGGCGUACACUAAAAUGACAUCAGAUAUUUUAGCUGAACGCACUCUGGGCGAUUUUUUAACCGAACAUCCCGGCGAACUGAUACGCACAAGCAGUCCGUUAUUUGUUUGCACAGUUUUGCCUCCGCAUUGGCGUUCAAAUAAAACGUUACCAGUGGCUUUUAAGGUCGUCUCGCUUGGCGAUAUUAUGGACGGUACAAUGGUCACGGUACGAGCGGGUAACGAUGAAAACUAUUGUGCAGAGCUAAGAAACUCAACGGCGGUUAUGAAAAAUCAAGUGGCAAAAUUUAAUGAUCUCCGAUUUGUAGGACGCAGCGGCCGAGGGAAAAGUUUUACAUUGACAAUCACCGUAUCAACCAAUCCGCCUCACAUAGCCACCUACAAUAAGGCCAUUAAAGUAACGGUCGAUGGUCCCCGUGAGCCACGCUCCAAGACUAUGUUAUCAAUUUUAGGACAACAACAACAAUUUCAUUUUGCUUUUGGGCAACGACCGUUUCAUUUUUCAACGGAUCCUUUAUCAGGAUUUCGUAUGCCACCCAUCGGCAAUUGUCAGAGUGCCGGUAAUACUCAUUGGGGUUAUGGUUCGGCUAGUGCUUAUUCACCGUAUUUAGCUGGUAGCGGUUUAUCGUCAUGCACUACCCCAACUUCGGCUCAAUUUAAUAAUCCUGCUUUGGGCUUCACUUGUUCCUCCAAUGAUCAAACUAACAAUCAAGAUUUUACCGGUGGUGGUAGCUCACAAAGAGAUUGCGUACCGAUGUUACCGGACUCGACGGCUACGGAUUUAGAUCAGCAUUUAAGUAAUCUGGUGGGCUCAACCACGGGUCAAAUGACACAUCACAGUUUACUCGGUUCUAGUGGACAAACGUCAAUUUCAUCAACGGUAAAUGGUGGCAGUACUGGAGCAGGUACCAAUUCUAUAUUGGUACCACGCUAUCACACCAACUCGAACAAUGAUUAUAAUGUGCACUCAAGUCAAACUGGUCCGCGUAGUUUGAGCGAUUCGUCACAGGCCGAAUCACCGGUACAGGAGGAUUUACUAUCUACUAAUACACCAAAUUUGGGUGGCACCAAUGGCAAUAGUGCCACUAACGGUACAGGUAAUAGUAAUGGUGCUGGCUCCACAGGAUCGGCUAAUAACAACUCGUUAGUGGGUGCAAAUCAAAACUUCAGUGGUAUCGUUAAUCAAACGCAAAACGCUGCGGCAGCCUAUGGAAGUGGUGCGGGUGCCGGAGUAGGCGGCGUAAGCGGCGGUCAUGCCGGAACGACCGGAGCUGGAUGUAAUGGUUCUUUAUAUCCUGUUUUGCCAGCGAGCUUACUAUACUCCCAAUUGUAUACUGCCGCCAAUCAGUCACACAGUUUUCAUUCACAUGCUUUACCCUCACACACAUCGCCAAAUUCAACGGUACACGGUGAACUGCAGAGUGUCAUGGAUCACAUUAGUAACGUCGGUGUUAGGCAACAGCAUAACAUUAUGUCCGGCGGUGGAGUGACACAUCAUGGCGAUCUCACUUUAUUGGGUAAUUGUGGUGCUUCCGUACGUAAUAUCGAGGAUGGCAACACUAAUAGGCAAGUAGCCGCUUUGGCAGUGCAUCGCGGUCAUCACAAUCCAACUGAUAAUGGGGGCAGUGUUUGGCGACCAUAUUGAGGUCAGGUGUUAUGGUGCGGCUCGGCUGUCCUCUAGUCUUAUAAGACAGAAGCCUCAGAGGCUACUAUCACUCCUGAGGAAACAGAGAGCAAGCACUUUACUGAAUAAUUACAAGAUGGAAAGCGUCUCAAAUGAAGUAAAAGAGA